GCUGGGCCUCCAAAACGGCGACCGCCAUCACCAACACCAACACACACCACCCUUUGCACACUCUCAUCGCUGUACAUACUAUACAGAACGUCGCAAAGAUCACGGAAUCACGAAAUCGCAAUCGCAAUGCAGGCUCUCCGCUUCCAAGUGCCACGCGCAGCCCGCGCAUUCUCCACCACCCCUGCCCGACCACUUGCGAAGAUGCAGCUCAUCGGCCGUUUGGCUGACCAGCCUGAGCUCGUUGAUACAUCCACUGGACGUCAGCUCGUCAAGUACGCGCUGGGCGUAAACAAGGGUCCAAGAGAUGAAAACGGAGUUCAAGGCGUGAGCUGGUUCAAGGUCGCAAGCUUUCUCGACGACGGACCACAGAGAGAUCUCCUGCUCAGUCUGCCGAAAGGAACACAACUCUUCGUUGAGGCAGAGGCGAGGAUGGACACUUACGAGGUCGAAGGCCAGAAGCGCACUUCUCUCAAUCUGCUUCAGCGCUCCUUCGAGGCACUCCAGCGACCACGUCAAGUGCAAGAGGAAGAUGCCAACACAGCCCAGCAGGCCGCUGCCGGCCAAUAGGUGAAUCAUGCCGCUUGAAGUUGGCACACUGUGUAUGACGAAGUCGAUUUGGUAGAAUACCCACGGUCCUGGAACGGAUAGCAAAGAGUAGGCGCGAGCUUGAAUGUAUUAUGUUUUGCCAAAAGAGCAAGAAUUAGCCCGGAUGGAUGUGUAUCUCAUAUGUAAAUGGAGAAUGCGAACGCUCUCAACUCUUGCAAGAGUGAUGAUUGCUAGUGCAUACUA